AUGUGGGAUCUAAACGGGUCACCCGAUCUGAGAAAGGACCAAGAAGGAUCCAACGCUUGUUCUUCGCCGGUGGAAGUAGAUGAGGAACCUAAUAGUAAAGGUAAACGGGUCGGAUCCGUAUCCAAUUCCAGUUCCUCCGUCGUGGUUAUGGAGGAAGACGACGCCUCCGACGAGGACGAUUCCGAGAGGAUGACUUCAAGAAAACGGUUGUUUGGGUUCUCUAUGGACGGCGAUCCGCCGCCGGUAACCCAUCAGUUCUUCCCUAUCGAUGAUCCUCAAGUGGGUCCCACAACCUCCCUCGCCGUUGGUAUCUCCCCGGCCACGGCUUUCCCUGCGGCUCACUGGGUCGGUGUUCAAUUCUGCCACCAGUCUCCCGGUCCUAUUUCCGGCGCCACCGCCGCCAGCAGCGUCGGUGGGUUUCUCGGGAAAGCUGCCGUGCCGGAAGUUCCCCAGCCACUCAAGAAAAGCCGCCGUGGACCACGUUCUAGAAGCUCACAGUAUCGUGGAGUCACUUUUUACCGACGAACCGGCCGAUGGGAAUCGCACAUAUGGGAUUGUGGAAAACAGGUGUAUCUGGGUGGGUUCGACACCGCACAUGCAGCUGCACGUGCAUACGAUAGGGCAGCUAUCAAGUUCCGUGGAAUCGAAGCCGAUAUAAAUUUCAGCCUACAAGAUUACGAAGAUGACCUGAAACAGAUGAGUAAUCUAACCAAGGAAGAGUUUGUGCAUGUACUAAGGAGACAAAGUACUGGAUUUCCAAGAGGGAGUUCCAAGUAUAGAGGUGUUACCUUGCACAAAUGUGGUAGAUGGGAAGCAAGAAUGGGCCAAUUCUUGGGCAAAAAGUAUGUAUAUCUGGGUCUGUUUGACACUGAAGUUGAAGCUGCCAGGGCUUAUGACAAGGCUGCCAUCAAAUACAAUGGAAAGGAUGCUGUUACCAAUUUUGAUCCCAAGAUUUAUGAAAAGGAGUCUAAUGUCACCGAAUGUUCGAAUAACGACAAUCAUGCGUCUUCUUAUCACAAUCUUGAUUUGAGCUUAGGGCACAAUUCUGCCCCGAAUAAGCAAAGUAAUCGAGAUCUUGGAUUCAGACCCGGGGCAUUUGGAGUGGGUCGAUAUAACGAAACGGAGACAUUACAGCUUAUAAGCCAGACACAUCUUCAAUCCGCUGGAUCAUCUGAGGGUCGUAGCAACGAAUCGCAUGGAUAUGGGCAUUUAACGAGACCCGGUGACCCCUCCAUGUUUCAUAUGUUACGCCCACCGCCCCUCAAUUCUCCAAAUCACCAAGUUGAGCAGUGGUCAAAUGGCAAUGGCAAUGGUAAUGGAGGUUUAUUGUAUGCAAAUAGUGGUGCAGCAUCAUCAGGAUUCCCGCAACAAAGAUUUAACAUGAGACAGCCCCCCGCCCCACCCCAUGCUCAUCAAACAUGGCAGCUGCACAAGAAUGGCUUCACCACCACUCUGUCUUGAUGAUUCAGCUAUCAAUCACACACACACACACACACUUGUUGCUACCCCCUACGUACCCCUAUCACUCGUACAAGUCUUGAAAGAUCUUCUGUCUGAAAAAAUUGCACCGCCAGUUCUUGUUUUGUUUGUUUGCCUGUAAAGAUAUCAACGUUUUGUGUUAAGAGUAGCUACCUACCCCCCUCCCCUCUAGCUAGGGUUCUUCAUCUUCAGGAUGUGUUGGUACCCAAACAUAGAAUGAUUUCCUUUCUUUGGAUUUGGGUGUUAUUUAAGGAAAUUUUAAAGAAAUUUUAUUGGUUUUGGAUCA